AAGAUGAUUAUUCAACCGUGUCAUCUUCCACUUGUUAAGAAGGGUAAUGCACUACUUUCCAAAGUUGAGUCAUACUUGAACCCCUUACAUGACUUCUGCUUGUACGAGUCCACAGAGCAUGUGACCACUUCUCUAUAGGUGUCUUUCUUGUUAAGCAAGAGGUCAUUUUCCGGUCUUCAUCAUGUUCAUCAUCAAAUCAAAUCAUGUUUACCACAUCACAUAUUUAUGAAGAUAUUCUUCAAAAUAUUGAUUGGCGUAUUUGAAUGAACAUUCUGCUUUGUUAUGUGUUGUGUAUGAAUACCUCAAGAGGAAACUAUUUUUAGCUAUCGUCAUUUAAAUCUCCAAAAGCUGGCUAACAUGAAAACGGCAUUGAGAAACGUAUACGGAACAGCUAUUUUGUAUGAGGGUGUUUAUCAUCCAUUCUAAGAAUACUUGUUAAGACAUUUGCUGAAGGCAGCCAAAGCUUUACAAAAGGAGUGCUGGUGUUAGAGAUUUCACUGAGGGGCGUGGCUAGGCAGGGCUUCAGUAUAAAUGAAAGAAAGCUCGUGGAAUUUCAUUCACAACAUUGAAACGCACGCCCGCACAUACAGGCGUCAACAAGAGCGCACAUUACUGGCUCUGCUGCUCCCCUCAUAAAGAUACUUCAGUGCAGGGCUCUGGCAGUGUGAUGCGUCUCCUCAGCUGUGUACUGCUGCUGGCCUGCUGCUUCAGCAGAGUGGCCGGCAGGCCGCACCUGAGCCAGGGGGAGAGGAGCUUGUGGCUGGAGGCCGUCAAGAAGGGAAUCCUGGAAUCUCUGGGGAUGGACGGACCACCAGCGUCCCAUGUGAAACCUCGGCAGGAAGAGCUGAGGAGGAUGUAUUUCCUGUAUGAGAGGGAACUUCAGGAGCUACGCCGGAACCACAGCCAGGCUGCAGGGACCCAGCGCCCCACAGUUAACAGAGCCUCCACAGUACUCUUACCAGCUCAGGUUCAAUACCUCGAAACCCAGCGAUUCAGGGCCAUCUUCCACAAGACACAUCUCAUCAGGAAGGAGCUUAUUCUGGUUCAGGCCAAGCUGAAACUCUGUGGACAUUUUCUGGACAAACACCGGUCGGGUCAGCCUGUGCCUCGGCAAGAGGUCCAAGUCAAAAUACAUCAGAUAAUUAACAAAACUGCCCAAGAGCCAUUGAAGAAUGAUGGCCUUGUUUUGACAAAAGUCUUAGAUUCUAACAGCUUGACUCUAGAUAUUCACCCCACUGUUGAAAUCUGGAGAGCAAGUAUGGAGGAGCCUCUGGUGCUAGAAGUAGAGUUUGUUACAGGAAGAGAGAAGCAUCCAGAGGGUACCCCUGAGCUGGUCUUGGAAAUGGAAGUGACUGAACCUGUGUUGGAAAAGAGGAGGAAACGGAGGCGGGCGCCUGUCAAAGACGACUGCGAGGGGGAGGACAGGUGCUGCCGGAAGUCCCUGAGCGUCUCUUUCAAGGACAUUGGUUGGUCAGAUUGGGUGGUGGCCCCUGAGGGCUACACCAUGUACUUCUGCGACGGCUCGUGUCCCAGCAACUACAGGCCGGCCAGCAUGCACACCCAGGUCAAGUCGCGCUUGCACCGCAUGACUAAGGGAGCCACGCCCCGACCCUGCUGUGUGCCGGCCUCCUACGAGCCCAUGGUGAUCAUGCACUACGACAGCCAGGGGAAGCUCACGUUCACCACGUUCAAUGACAUGAUUGUCAGCAGCUGCCACUGCGCCUGAUACACCAUUGCCAAGGACAAAAACAACAAAACAAUGGCAAAUUUUUUUACACUGAAAAGAUUGAAAACAUUUGAAACCAGAGUAAAAAUUAUUAAUAACCUCGAACCUGGAACCUGAAUUAAAUAAUAUGCAGCUAAAAGCAGUUUGUGCACCUAUUACGUUGUUACUCAUGCUCAGGUUUUGCUUACUUCACUGCCUACUGCAGUACUGUACCUCAAAAGUGCUUUGUUUAUGUGUGAAUCAUUUUUAAGUCAAACAAAUUCAUUUUUUUUGUAUUUUGAUUUACAUAUUGUGUGAAAUACAGUAGUGAAUAAGACAGCGAAUCCGAUUUGUAUUCUGAUUCCUUAAAAAAAUACAUACAUGAAACGUACAUUUUUAAAAGUUAUUGGAUAUUUAUUGAAAGAUGUAUGUUGGCGUUAUUUAUUGAUUCUGUCUGUUUUCAAGGAUGUACCAUGUGUAUUUUAAAUGAAGCAUUGAGCUAUUCAUAUUGAAUAAAGCCUUAUAUUCUUUAAAAAAAUGACAAAAUCCAGUUUAAAUCUUCUUUUAAAACAUUUUUAGGAAAGAAAUAUUUAAAACUAAAGUUUAAUUUCUGUACAUAUAAAUAUUGUUUUUAUUUAUCUUUCCUAAUCUUUUUUUGUCAUUCACUUCAAUCCAAUUCCACUUUUUUUGUCAGUCACAUCAAUUCAAAUACUUCAACAGGGA